GCUGUGCACAUCUUGUCUUGUUUUGUGUAUUAUUUGACUUGGCUCCAUUAUGAAGCAUAUAGAUAUGCCGUCUGAAAAUGUAUAAAUCUAAUUGAAAUCGCCUCCAGAGAUUCCAUCCCUUGAUUGCCUCAACGUAUCGACAAAGUGCAGUGUGAAUUCUCGUUAGGAUGAUACUUUCCAACUACCUGGUCCUCGGUCUGACUAGUCUGCAUUCCUAUGUAAUAGCCACUGCCGACAUUGAGGCCCCAUCUACAUGCAGAAAAACAAGCGUUGCAAUUUUAGGCGGUGGAGCUGCCGGUGUAGCUGCUGGUAAAGCUUUGUCGAACGCGUCCAUAACUGAUUUUCUCAUUAUUGAGUAUCAGGAUGAUAUCGGAGGACGUGCAAAGCAUACCACCUUUGGAAAAAAGAGUGAUGGAACACCAUAUGUUGUGGAACUAGGCGCAAACUGGGUUCAAGGGCUUGGAGUUUCUGGUGGACCACAAAAUCCCAUAUGGACAAUGGCCCAAAAAUAUAACCUAACAAACACGUAUUCAAACUACAGCUCCAUACUCACUUAUAAUGAAACUGGGUUUACGGAUUUCAGUGACUUACUGGAUGUUUACGACAAUGCAGAUACCAUCAUGGGUGACAAUUCUGGAGAAAUCCUUCUUCAUAAUUUGCAAGAUCAGACUGCGCGCACUGGACUUUCGCUUGCUGGGUGGAAACCCAAACAGAACAUGGCGGCACAGGCUGUUGAAUGGUGGGAAUGGGACUGGGAAAGUGCCUACUCGCCCGAAGAAAGCUCACUUGUGUUUGGAGUCGCUGGCAACAAUGUGACAUUCAACUAUUUUAGCGACGCCAACAACUUCGUCUUUGAUCAGCGCGGUUUCAGCACCAUCUUCAAACACGAGGCCUCGGCAUAUCUAAAACCUAAUGACCCCCGUCUUCUACUCAGGACGCAGGUAACAAAUAUCAGUUAUUCCACAGAUGGAGUAACAAUACAUAAUCAUGAUGGUAGUUGCAUCGAUGCCGAGUACGCAAUCUGCACUUUUUCUCUUGGGGUUCUUCAGAACGACGUUGUGAAUUUUUCUCCCCAAUUACCUGACUGGAAGGAGACAGCGAUACAAAAGUUUGCGAUGGGUACAUACACCAAGAUCUUUUUACAGUUCAACGAAACCUUUUGGCCCGAAGAUACACAAUAUUUCCUCUAUGCCUCACCGACAAGCCGAGGUUACUAUCCCGUGUGGCAGUCUCUUUCAACUCCGGGAUUCUUGCCGGGAUCGAACAUCAUAUUUGUCACCGUUGUACAUCGAGAAUCUUACCGAGUCGAGAACCAAUCAGACGAAGAGACAAAAGGUGAAGUGAUGGCUGUGCUGAGACAGAUGUUCCCCAACAUUACCGUCCCCGACCCCAUUGCAUUUAUGUACCCCCGUUGGACUACGACACCCUGGGCUCAUGGAAGCUAUUCGAAUUGGCCGCCGUCCACUUCUCUUGAAAUGCAUGAGAAUCUCCGCGCCAAUGUCGAUAGGUUGUGGUUCGCGGGAGAAGCUCUGAGUGCCGAGUUUUUCGGAUUCUUGCAUGGGGCUUGGUUUGAAGGUCUUGAUUCUGGAUCUAGCAUUGCGGCGCUUCUAAAGAAUAAGACUUGCGAUUCGAGUUCUGGCUCGAGUGCGAAAGGUUGCUCCAUUCGCAAGCAUUACGAAGUCUUACACGGACCAAGCCCUCUGGCAGAUUAUGGGGUUUUGAACGGGUGGCCGAUUAGCUCGUUCAUUGACAAUAACAGCGACUAA